UCUUUUUACAAAAAAGUGAACAUGUGUAGAUGUACAGCAAUGUUCACCGGGGAACGGCGGUGGCCACUUUUUGUCACGGGUCCGCCGGCGACUGAUUUCCUUCAAAAAGAUAUCGAACAUGACACUAUCCAACCACAACAAGCCACGUUAUCCUGAACCGUAGAAAAAUGUGUUCGCCGUUUGCAACGUGUCCCGCAUCCUGUGGUCCCACGAUUAUUAAAUAUUAAACAGAGAAUUCGUGGCUGAAACAAUCGCAAAGGAGAGCUCCAGCUCCUUCUUCUUCUGUCCUGAUCCUCGAUCGCUCGAAGAUUCUGCGCCAUGGCUUCACCAUCUGCUUACAGAUGGCCAUGGAACUCUGCUUCAACUAAUUCCUCAAUUAAUCUGGCUAAUUUUCCUUCUACUUCCUCUAUUUUCUUUACGUUUCGUUUUAAACGGCUUCGGUUCGCCGCCUUUUCUUUACGCGAUUCUUCUUCUGUUUCUUCAUCUGAUUCUCAAAGCAAGUCUGUGCAUGCACGCGUUUCCAGUUCAAAACCCAUUAUCAUCGCUGAUUAUGGUGAAAACAAUGUCGUUUUGGCACCUUCUCCGAAGAAGCCAGAAACCCUAAAUUUUGAGUUUCUGUUUGGGAAGCGAUACUUGUGGAAGAGGAUAUUGUUUGCUUCGAAGAAAGUUAGGAGCAUUAUUUUGCUUAAUGUCGUCACUCUCAUUUAUGCUAGUGAUAUUCCUGUUAUAAAAGAGGUUGAAGCUAUCAUGGAUCCAUCAGCCUUCACGGUUGUGCGAUUUAUAGUGUCAGCAAUACCAUUCAUCCCAUUUGUAGUGCGAGCACGAAGUGAUGUUUGCACCCGCAAUGCAGGGAUGGAAUUGGGUAUUUGGGUCAGUUUGGGAUACUUAACACAGGCACUUGGACUAUUAACCUCUGAUGCUGGGCGUGCAUCAUUCUUAUCUAUGUUCACUGUAAUUGUGGUUCCCUUGCUUGAUGGUAUGUUAGGAGCUGUAGUUCCUGCCCUUACGUGGUUCGGUGCUCUUAUGUCUGUCCUGGGAGUUGCAAUGUUGGAAUCCAGUGGCUCUCCUCCAUGUGUUGGAGAUUUGUUGAACUUCUUAAGUGCAGUAUUUUUUGGUGUCCAUAUGCUAAGAACUGAGCAUAUUUCAAGAAGCACUAAUAAAGAGAACUUCUUACCCCUCCUUGGAUAUGAGGUAUGCAUUGUUGCUCUUUUGUCAACUCUUUGGUACUUUCUUGGAGGCUGGCUUGACGGAAGCUUGGAGUUCAACCCAUCAUCUUGGUCUUGGGCAAUAUCUUGGGAUUCAAUGUUAACAUUUCCAUGGAUACCUGCACUUUAUACAGGCAUUUUCUCUACUGGAUUGUGCUUAUGGGUGGAGAUGGCUGCCAUGCGUGAUGUAUCAGCCACAGAAACAGCUAUAAUUUAUGGGUUGGAGCCUGUUUGGGGUGCUGGUUUUGCAUGGCUUCUCCUUGGUGAGAGAUGGGGUGUCACUGGUUGGAUUGGAGCUGCCCUUGUGCUAGGCGGAAGCUUAACAGUGCAGAUAUUUGGAUCAUCAUCCCCUGCUAAGUCGUGUGAAGAAAAGAGAAGUAGAAAAGUAGAUCAUGUAAUAAUUUCGGAAAAGCAAAAUGGUUUUUCUGCCUCUCCAGUGAUCAUUAGUUCCAGGAAGGAUAUGCCGAAGCAUUUCAAGAAGUAAGCCGCAGCUUGUCUUGUUUCUUCUCAAAAUCAAUGUGAUGUAGUUGUACGAGCAUACAGCAUUGAAUGACGCCUAGUUUUGAGCAGUCAUGUGAGGCCUGAUGCUUAUUGCCUAAUGUAUGUAUGCAUUUAUUUGUUUUUGGUACAUAAUGUAUGUAUAUAUGUUUUCAUAGAUUUAUAGUAUAUAUAGAUAGCAUGGAAGUUAUGCAAA